UAAUCGAUAUGCAUAAAUAUCGAGUUAACGAGAACAUCACUAGUCGUUCGCAGGGGUACAGGAAAACGAACAUCGCGUCUUAAGACGCGCGCGUGGUGACAAUGUGGACGCUUUGUUAUUGCGUGGGUCUUAUAUUGGUGGGCGCGGCGGCGCGUACCUCCGUACACUACACACGUGACCCCCGGCUGACCUCUCAAAGACCUCUGCAACCGGUAACCGAUGGUAUAAGUGAUGAUGUACCGAUAUUGAAUUCUGGAAUGAAUAUUCACGAAAGCAGAACAGAUGAAGCUGAUAUCAAAGAUACGAUCCCCAUGUUCAGUUCUGGUAUGAAUAUUAAAAAACUUAACGACACUCAAGAAGGAAAUGACCUCAGUGUUAACGAUGAGAAAAAAACAAGUGAAGAAAAUGAUGAACAAUGGUUUUCAACGAAACCGGCUGUACUGGUAGACACAGAAACAGCAAAUAACGAAGUAGUCGAAGAUGAAAUCAACGUUCAGGUUAACGUGGAUACGGCGGCUGAAGUUUCAACUGAAAUAAGAAGACCUCAAAUUAAAUACAGCAAUGGCAAGAUAGAACGAAAUGGAAAAUUAAUAAUCAAAAUAAACGUCAAAACUAAUAAAGAUGAACCAAAACCACUUGACGGCGUCAAAGGUUCGUUUGAAAAAGAUCAAAACGAUUACGAUCAGAAAACUUGUGAUUGGUUGAACGAACUGAAAUCCGAAGCAAAUUCGAAUAACCCGAGAGGGCAGCGACAAUUCAACCGGCAACAAGGACCACAAGGACCACAGCGCUCUGUAGAACCGCAGGGAACUCUAGGACCGCAGCAAACUCUACCACAGCUAUCUGUAGAACCGCAGGGAGCUCUGCGACUGCAACGAACUCUACCACAAAACGCUUUAGAACCGCAAGGAACUCUACGACCGCACCGCACUCUACCGGAGCAUGCUCUAGGACCUCAAAGAGCUCUACGACCGCAGCGCAUUCUCCCGCAGAAUGCUCUAAAACCGCAGAGCUCUCAAGGACCACAGGAACCUCUAGAUUUACAUGGUUCUCUAAAACAGAAUGGUCGCCGACCACAGGGACUAAGACCACAGAACCAUCUUGAACCUCGCAAUUCUAAAUAAGUCCCCUUUCGAAAUACAAAAACAGGGUUAAUU